AUGUUAUUGUUGCAGGAGCUGAUAGAUAUGGCAAUCCUUAUACAUCGGGUACAGUUGGCUCGCAGUAUGACUAUGUGCACGAUGAGGAAGAUGCAACGUUCCAGCUUGUGGACACCAGCAAGCCACAACGAUCAAACAUGCAAAAAGGUGGACGGAUGCGUCAACAGCAGCAGUUCUAUCGACGGCUCGUGCAAAAAGAGAAUGAGCGAAGGAUUCAAACAAAUUAUGGGCAAAACCAGAAGAUUAAGCGAAGUAUUGCGAAGUAAGCUACCUUUGAUAAAUGGUCAUCGCUAUGGUCAGCUUUACUAUUACGAUAAAGCAUUCGAUCGUGUCACUGUACGCACCGAGAAACCACUGCAACGUUGUGGCGGAACGUUCUAUAAUUUGACAACCACUGAAGAUCCAAUUAUCCAGAAGGUUUGUUUUUUUUUUAUAUAAGUAAUUUAUAUUAAAUUUAUAACAAUUACAAUGGCCACAAUCGUCAUACUGACGAGGUCCAAUUGUGGUAAUGGUAAGAAAUGUAUACGACUUAAUGGGCAGAAACGUUUCUUACCCUUAUAACGAUUUUAA